GCGAAAUUCAUUUUUAUAAACUCGGAACAAGGACGAAAUUUAAUAUUUGUUCUUGCUUAAUUAGCAGACCAAGAUUAAUAUGUAAAGCACAAUAUUACGGACGAUAUAUAUAAUUAUAUUCAUUAUAAAUUGUAAGUUUAUGUUGUGCUAAAGUAACAAUAAGUUCCUACGGCACAAUGUUUUCGCGUUGGACAAGAGUCCGUACCUAUUUAGCUGACCACUGGAUUAUCGAAAAACAUCCCUGUCGUCAGCCUGUAAUGCCGCUCCACACUCAGCAUUUGAUUGAUACUGCUAGCCUGUGCAAUUUGUAGAUAACACUUGUCAAGGGGAAGUAGUAUUAUGACAAGUGAAGACACUGAUGCCUCCAACGGAGGCGAACAGUUUGACGUUUCCAACAUCUUAGCGGACUAUUUUAAGGACAAAAUUCGGCAAGGCAUAGGAGUCGGUGAUGACGGUCAGAGUGUUCUAUCAGAGGGGAAAACAAGUGACAGUGGCGACGUAGUCGAAGAUGACAACAAGAAAACGGAAAAACGUGCACGUACUGAGAACGUUGAAGGUAGUCCUGAGCGAAAGCGAAGUAAAAAGGACAAAAAGACCAAAAAGAAAAAGAAGACAAAAAAACACAAACACCAUAACCAUUCGUAUGACAAGCAACACAGUCAUUCAAAAAGUUCAUCGUCAAAAAACUCCACAGACAACAAGAACUAUUGCACAGCAAACCGCACAGCUACUGAAAACGAUUCAAGGAUUAAAGAAUCUAAGGACGGAGAUCGAGAACCCGAAAGGAGUCGUAAUAAUCGUAGCCGUUCAGGUCGCAAGAAUGACACUCAUCAGAACAGUAGUUGUAGCAGUAGCGGUGGUGGUGAUGAGGAUUGCGGCGGUAGAUCCAUGCAUCGACGAAACAGAUCGAGAGAUCGAGCCAGAAAAAGUUCGAAAGGACGAGGCGAAAGACGACGGAGCAGAGAACCUAGCUCCGACGGUCGCUGCAGUAGGAGCAGAAGCAGAGAUCGGAAACAAGAAAAGAGACAUCAGGACGCGAAACAGAAAAAGAAAAGAGAUCGAUCACGAAGUUUAGGUCGUUUCCGGAGUCCUCUUCGUGUACGAGAAUCUGCGGCUCGAGGCAGUCGUGCUGGCGAAGGUCGAAAAAACGAAGAAGUUGGCCUCGGAGCAGGUUUUGAUAAAAAGGAGCUUCUUGAAGUUGCUCGACGAAAUGUGAAAGUAAUGAUUCAAACAGGGACGUUACCUAAGGGAGUGGAUGUGGAAAAGCUCGGAUUAGAUCUAACCAAGGAAGACGCAAAUACUACUGCUGAAAGUGUAGACAAAUUCACCGAGAUUUGCAGAAAAAUUCAGGAAACCGGUGACGAUGACGAGGCUGCAAUUACAGCUCGUGUCAGCCAUCCAUUUCAGGUGAAGGAAAGGCCGAUUAGAAUGAAUAUUCCAAAUGCAGUACAACUACCAGCAAAAUCUUUUCAGGAAAAGAUAAAAGAUACGGCGGCGCUUACAGCUCAAUUUCCUGUAAGCAGUGGAAGCACCCAUCGCAAAAAUGAAAUAAAGGAAUUAGAUUGGAAACCGGUAAAGAAAGGUAGAGAGGCUACAAAAGACAGCGUGGAUACUAAGGAUACAGGCAAAACAAUAAAGAAGGAUAUUGGUACAGCUAUGGCCCCACUGACCAGCGGAAUUUCCUUGGACGCUAGUGAAAACUCCUCGAAGCCAAUACUUAGCGUUGCCCCCUCACCAUGUCGCGACAAGGACCUCGAAAUAGCACUAAAAAAUAUGACCAUCCCGCAGGUAAUGACAAAAAGAGUAGAAGCUCUUCAGAGGCUGCAACGGGACCCUGCAGAUUUGGAUGCAAAAAAACUCCAUGAGGUAACUGAAAAAGUAAUACGUGAAUGGAGCCGCAGUAAACAACAGCCUGGCCAGCUUACAAACGCGGUUGAUACAAGUGUAAAAUUCCUUUCGCCAGCAGAACUCCAGGAAGGCCCACAAGCCUGGGUCAAAAAGGACCAACUCCAAAAAGCUCGAGCUGUUGAAGGCGGCAUUGGAAUGGCAUUGCUUCAAAAAAUGGGUUGGAAACCGGGAACAGCGUUAGGCAAAAACCGUGAGGGUGCGUUAGAACCCCUUCUACCAGCUAUCAAAAUGGAUCGCAAAGGCCUGGUGGCCCAGGAGGAAGCAAUAGCUAAAGAUUUUUGUGUUAAUGUCACCAUUCCUAACCGGUCUGCUCGUGCGAACGCGCAGUUGCAGGAAGUCCUAGCGACUUCGUUGGGUGGAAAGCAUCCGGUAUCGGCAUUGAUUGAACUCUGUACAGCCCAGAAACUUCCUGCACCUGAAUUCAUUGAAAUGCCGGCCUUCGGACCCGAUCACAAGAAAACGUUUCUGUACAAGGUAUUGGUUAACGGCAAGCCUUAUCAGUCAAUGGAGCGAUCUCCUAACAAAAAGCUGGCCAAGGCGGCAGCAGCUUUAGUGGCAUUGAAUGAGAUGGGCGCUGUUGUCGGCAUUGAAAAAGCACCUCGGAUGUCGCUACUUUCGCAUAGCGCACACGAAGUUCCCACGCGAGUGUCGGCUCCCACAGGAAACCUAGCUACUCAUGACAUGUUCCAACCUCUUAAAUGCACAGAUCCUUCGAAAAUGGCAAGUAACUUCUUGACUUCGUUCCACAUGGGUAUAGGAGCUGCUAUGCCACCUUCCAAACCAAGAUCACAAACUUCUACGGUGCCUUCAUCGCAGACAGCACAGGAUCAUAGAUUAGCCCCGCACUACCCAACUGAUGGUUCAUCCUAUCCUUUGUGGACAAAUAUUGGGUCGAACGGUGGUCAAAUCCAGGGCAUCCAAGGUCCCGUGAAGGCAGGUAUUAUGGGUUCGCCUACCAUGGUACCACACCCAAAUCAGGGAAUAAGUUCAAGUGGGAACACUGACGCUGGCGACGUUUCCCAGCGUCCUGCUAUGCCAUCUCCGUACGAAGCGUACUUUACUGGGAGUCAGUUGUGCAAUUUCUACGCAGAUCCAUGUUCAUCAUAUGGCUUCCUCGGUGAGAACGAUUCCAUGGAGGCUCAGGGGAGAUUCGGUGAUAAAUGCAUUGCAAAUAAUCAAAGGAUUGCAUCGAUGCCUACAGCUGUUGUAGCUCCUUCAAGAGUACCGCCUGACCGAAAUAUUAUGUGUCCACCAAAAACGUAAUUCUGGUGAACCCGGAAAUUG